AUGGAUGCUUUUGGAGAGCAUGUCAUCCACUGUCAGAAGCAGCCGGGGUUCAAGUACAGGUACGACUUAGUCAGAGAUGUCUUGUAUGAUAUCCUCCGAAGAGCAGGGAUCCCAUCCAAGAAGGAAGCGCCGGUCAACUUCCUCACUCCUCCUGGAGAGGCUAGAUCUGCUUUAAGGCCGACAGACGUUCUUGUCUACAGUUGGAGCGGAGGGAAGCAUGCUUGUGUUGAUCUUACAUGGGUGUCUCUGUUGGUGGGGUUUGGUAAUGGAGUGUUCACGGUUGGGCAUGCAGCGGAUAGGACGGCAGAGGCAAAGGUGGGCAAACAUGAUCAAGCUUGCAAGGACAACCACCACAGUUUUAUCCCGUUCGCGUUCGAUACGUUUGGUUACCUUGCAGCUGAUGCAGUGGAGUUCAUCAGGAGGAUACAAAAAUUCAUGAAUAGGAAUGUGGCGACAUCAGAAUCAGCUGAGUACGUGUUUCGUCGGUUGGGUUUUUGCAAUUCAGAAAGGAUUAACGGGGCCGCACCCGCCGCCGACGGCCACGUCAGCGCCGCCGCGUCACAUCGGAGCCCCUGGACGGGCCUCGGCCACUCCUUCUGCUACUCGCCGACAAGCCAACGCCGGCGGCGGCUUCUCGAUCUCCGGCGCCUCCGUCAGCUGCCAACCCCUCCACCGCCCUCUCCAGCCUCCUCCUACUCACCGAAGCCUCGCCCUCCCGCAGCCGCCGCCGCCGCCUUCGAGAGCUCCGCCCGCUUUCUCUCUCCAUCCCCUCAGCCCAUCCUCGCUUCUCCUCGGGCCCUCUCUCGCCCCGCUAUUCGCCCCAGACCGAGCGUUUUCUCUCCGCGCCCGAUCCGAGCGCGGGUUCCUGUCCUGGCCUCAAUCGACCCGCGCGCCGGCCCUCUUUCUCGGCCGCUCAGAUUCCCAAGCCCCGCCUGCCGUCGCAGCGCGAGCUCCGCCUUUCGUGGGCUCUCGAAGGCAAUUCGUCGAACGGUCGGCAGACAUGAACACAAGCCAUCAAAGGAGCUGAAUUCAGUAGAAAACAGCAGUGGGUUCAUCAGCGUCGAUGAGAUUAUCGACAAAGACGGCAGCUUUCAGUGGGCACAGGGGAAAGCAGGGGAGGAUCGGGUUCACGUCGUCAUCUCCGAGGAGCACGGGUGGGUAUUCGUCGGUAUCUACGACGGGUUCAACGGCCCGGAUGCGACGGAUUACUUGCUUACGAAUCUCUACCCUGAGGUCCAGAAGGAGCUCGAAAGAUUGGAUCUUGGUGGCGGAAACCACGGCGAAGUGCUCAAGGCCCUGUCGCGGGCGCUGAUGAGGACCGAGGGGACUUUCUUGGAUUGCGCUGACAUGAUGGUCACUGAGAAUCCGGAGCUCUCUUUAAUGGGUUCCUGCGUUCUGGUGAUGGUGAUGAAAGGGCAAGAUGUUUAUCUAAUGAAUGUCGGCGACAGCCGAGCGAUUUUGGGGACGAAGGGGAGGAGGGACUUGAGGAGCAUCAACGAAGAGAUGGACGGAUUGCUCGAUUUGGUUGCUUUGCAGCUCACAUUGGAUCACAGCACUUGUGUUAAGGAGGAGGUUGUUAGGAUUAGAAGCGAGCAUCCUGAUGACAGUUCGGCAAUUGUGAAUGAUCGAGUGAAAGGUUCGUUGAAGGUUACAAGAGCUUUCGGAGCUGGGUUCCUGAAACAGCCUAAGUGGAACAAUGCACUGCUGGAGAUGUUCAGGAUCGAUUAUAUAGGAAACUCACCGUAUAUCACUUGCAAUCCAUCUCUCCAUCACCGCAAACUCGACACAGGAGAUCGAUUCUUAAUAUUAUCAUCUGAUGGGCUUUAUCAAUAUUUCACCAAUGAGGAAGCUGUGGCUGAGGUCGAACUCUUCAUCUCAACAACGCCGGAAGGAGAUCCUGCACAACAUCUCAUUGAAGAACUGCUUUUUCGCGCAGCGAAGAAAGCUGGUAUGGACUUCCAUGAUUUGCUAGAAAUCCCGCAAGGAGACCGAAGGCGGUAUCAUGAUGAUGUUUCGGUCAUAGUUAUCUCUUUGGAAGGAAGAAUAUGGAGAUCCUGCGUGUAAAUACAAUAUAAAGAUUAGAAAAGAGGCGUAUGAGAUAGAGUUUUACAGCAAAGCGUUGGCCUUCUCUUGUUUUUUUCUUCCGCAGUGGCAUUUGUACAUUGGUUAAAACUAUGAAAAUAGAUUUGGAGACCAGUAAUCGUGUUGUGAUGGGAUUGUAAAUGUAUACAAAUUUGUGUCAAUUCAACCUCAAAUUUUAAGGGGCUGUUUGGUUUGCCCAAAAAUUAUGGAAAGUGAAGGAAAAAGAAAGAAAAUGGAGAAAAAGUACAACUUAUUGUAAGUUUUCCAUAACAUUUUUUUUUUCUUUGUUUGGUUCACAUCUUGGGACCAAGAAAAAUGAUGAUGUGCCAAAUUCUUCUUGGUUGAUGUGACCCACAUUUCGGGACACCUAUUUCAUGAUUUUUAUUGAGGAAA